AUGUCGGAGCGAGCUGAACGUCUUUCAGGGCUGCAGAAUGGUGCCGUGGGAUCGAUUGCCGGCAUGGCCGAAGUGAUGCUGCAGCAGCCGACCGUGGCCAUUAAGAAUGCGAUGCAGCAGGGUCGUCCCAUUACAUGGACCGUUCCAGCGCUCUACCGUGGAUUGGGCGUCUCGCUAGCCUCCAUCGCGCCAAUAAGUGCCAUCCAGUUCGCCGCCAAUGGGAGGCUGUUGCGCGGCUUGACGGCUCCGAAAGAGGCACCGUCAGACCGGACCAAAUUGCUGUGCGCCACACUGUCCGUCAAGGAGGUUGCUCAACAACACGGCGUGGUGCGGCUACUGAGGGGGGUUACAGUCACGGCCGUCCGAGACUCCAUGUGGUGCGCCGGGUACUUGGCGCUUGGUCCCGUGCUCACGCGCGAGAUGCAUACACUGAGACCCACCUCGUUUGGAGACGCAGACACUGCGACCGCAGCGCAGAAGGCAUUGGCCUCGGUUGCCGGCUGCGUCACUGCCGGUCUCUUGUCGGUGGCGGCUACACAACCUCUAGACACCGUCAAGACCGUCAUGCAAGGUGAAGCUAUGAUACUGCCCUCAGGUCGCGCACCCAGUACACUUGCCACGGUAGUCCGCAUCUACCGCAAAGGAGGCUUGCUGUCCUUCUAUCGGGGUAUCUUGCCGAGAGGAUAUCGCUUGGCUGGUGCUGUAUUGAUCCUAAAUCAGUCGCGCAUCUGGCUGGAGGAAGUCUUCGAAGACCACGAGCUGCUCAAGUUCUAG